CGAGGAUAUCCCUGCAAGUAUCCAGACCCUCACAGGAAUUGUUUUGGCUGGACAGUGAGGACUCGAGAUGUUUUAAAACCCCUCCAAGAUCAGAAAUAAUUUCCAAAAAGAGUGAAAAGAUGCAUCUGUCUGUGGAAUUGCUGCAGUGUUCUUUACAGAUUUUCAAGCUUUUGGUGACUUUCUGAAUCGUGUGGUGUUCUGCAGUGAUGGAUGCAACUGUCAGGCACCUCAGAAUCCCUCCUGAGAUGGCCAUUUACGCAGAGAAACAUGACAUAUUUCAUCUGGUCCAGACACUAGUGAGAAAUUUGAUGGUGGACAAACCAGAGGACCCCAUUCAAUACCUGAUUAACUUCCUGAAAAGGGACAGUGUUGAUGUGCCAAGAAUCAUAUUGUUGGGUCCUCCAGCGUCCGGGAAAAGGACCAUAGCUAAGAAGUUGUGUGAGCACACACAGGCUAUUCACGUAACUCUUAGUGAUAUCUUAAAUGAUGACAGUGACCUGACCAGAGCUGCACAGCAGUAUCAAGACAAAAAACAGAAGAUCCCCAAAGACCUCUGGAGCCAGUUGAUUCAGCAACGCCUAUCAAAACCCGACUGUGUGCGACGGGGCUGGCUUUUGGAAGCCAUUCCCAUGACGCAAGAAGAGGCGCUAUGUCUACAAGAAGCAGGCAUCACCCCGGAUCAUGUUGUGAUGCUGGAAGCUCCUGAUGUCGUCCUGAUUGAAAGGAGCUCGGGCAAGAGGAUAGACCCUGUCACAGGAGAUGUAUAUCAUGUCACCUUCAUGUGGCCUGAGAGAGAAGAGGUUGCACAGCGUUUAGAAACACCCAGGAUAAUGAUGCCAGCUGAUCUUAUAGCCAAAAAGCUGCAGAAAUACCAUACAGAAGCUCAUGCUCUGAAGCAAACCUACCACAGCUGCCUGAAGACCAUCAGUGCUGACCAGCCCCAUAUAGACGUUUUCUCACAAGUGCUGAACUAUGUCCGUACUCCACGUCACUCUGCCUCACCCUACACUCCCAGAAUCCUACUGUUUGGGCCCCCAGGUUCAGGAAAGAGUCUUCAGGCAAAGCUGCUUGCUCAGAAAUACAGCAUUGUCGACAUUUGUUGUAGUGAGCUUCUGAAGGCUGUGUCAGCUGAUGAGAACCAUAUGGGGGAGCUCAUUAAACCCUACCUGGAGUCAGAACAGCAAGUGCCAUCCAGUAUAGUCCUGCGGAUUCUUAUAGAGAGACUGAGCAGGAUGGACUGUACCACACGAGGCUGGGUGCUUCAUGGUUUUCCUCAAGAUGUGGAGCAGGCAGAAAAACUCCAAGAGUCUAAUUUCCUACCAAACAGGGUCUUCUUCCUGGAGAUGACUGAUGACAUUGCUAUCGAGAGGGUAACACUUAGGGCUGUGGAUCCUGUGACUGGAGAAUGGUAUCACACCAUGUAUAAACCUGCCCCUGGUCCGGAAGUGCAGGCCCGUCUUCGGUUUGAUCCAUGGAAUUCAGAGGCACAGCUGCUAAAGAGGCUAAAGGAAUACUGGAGCCAUGCAGUGGACCUGCAGGCCUUCUACCCACAGGCAGUGUAUAUCAAUGCUGACCAGGACCCACACACCGUGUUUGAGUCACUGGAGAGUAGGCUAGUGGGCUGAAUACCCAUGAACAGUUCUAACCGAGAAACAUAUGAGGACUAAUCCUCUUUAAACACUGUUAUACUCAACCUAAAAAUUUAAAUUCUCUCACCAUUUACUCACCCUCAUGCCUUCCCAGAUGUGUAUAACUUUUAUCUGUGGACCUCAAAUGGAGAUUUUUAGAAAAAUAAUCAAUCUCUCUGAGGCCAUAUAAUGCAAGUGGAUGAGUCCCUCAAAGUUGAUGCUUCAAAAACUACACAAAACAAACACAACAGUAAUCCAUACGACCCCAGUGGAUGAAGCAAUGUCUUCUGAAGUGAAAUGAUAGGUGUGUAAGAAAAAUACUAAUAUUUUAAACACUGUAAACCAUCGCUUCUGGCUAACUGUCAAAUAUGGGUUCAUAAGGUUAUGCUUGGCAUAACGUCAGCACGUUGUAAAACUCGCGCAAGAAGUCAUGCAGAAGCACUGAGGAUGUCACUUCUUCUUGAGUUUCACAAUGCAUUUAUGUCACACUUCACAACAUGCUGUCAUUUAUAUCAAGCAUGAAAUCAUGACCGUUGACCGAAAGUGAUUUAUAUUGUAAAAGGUUUAAAAUAGUAGAAUUUUUCUCUCACACAACUAUCAUCUCACUUCAGAAGACAUUGAUUUAUCCUCUAGUGUGGUAUGGAUUACCGAUUUGUUUGUUUUUCAUGGUAUUUGAGCCAUCAACUUUGAAGGGCUCAUCCACUCGCAUUAAAAUUUCUGUUUGUGUUCCACUGAAGAAAGUUAGUCUUACAUCUGAGAAUUUGGAGUAUCCCUCCAAAAAUUCUAGAUCUGUCCAUUGUGCUUUUAGUUUUCUCCUGUCAUUUGUACAUCUGAUAGGCUACUUAAUAAAUUGCUUUUGAAUUUGA